ACCUAGAAGACAAAUUAAUAAAACAAACAUAAAUUCAGCAUACUUAAGUACAGGUAUAUUGACAAGCAUUUUACGUUUUAAAAUAACUGUUUUCUAUUUUUAUCUAUUUUAAAAUGUAAUUUAUAGUGGUUAACGCAAAGCUGAAUUACUCCAUGAUCCUUCAGAAAUCAUUCUAAUACGCUGAUCUUCUUCUUAAGAAGCAUUUCUUAUUAUUAUCAAUGUUGAUAACAUUAAUGUGCUUUCUGGAAACCGUGACACUUUUUUCAGGAUUCUUUGAUGAAUAAAAACUUCAAAAGAAUAGCAUUUAUUUGAAAUAGACUGUCUUUUUUGGUCACUUUUGAUCAAUUUCACAAGUUCUUAUACUGUAUGAAAGUAUUAAUUUGGUUAUUACACUGUAAUUAUACAUUUAAGUACUGAGUAAUAAUAAUUAACUACAUGAACUUACUAUAGGGUUGGGUUGAGGGAGGAAAAAAAAAAAAAAAUCUUACUGACCCCAAAUUUGAAUGGUGUUUUUCUUUGAUAUACCUUUAAGUAUCAUGUCAAUAUUAUAAUAUUUGAAUAUGGCAAUCAUUCAGUACCAUGGUGUUAUAUAUCAGAGAAUCAUAGUCUUACCAUCUAAUACCAUGGAAUCUUGGCUAUCAGUGGGUCUAUGUUCACAUACAGACAUUAGUUGACUAAUUUUAAGCAUGAGAGAGCAAGUGAGUCUAUUGUGCCUGUCACUCUUGUUGCACCAGCAGUUAUCUGAAACAUUUUGAGCACACAGGCUUACACUCAGAGUUAGCACGUCUCUCUCACUAAUAGUGCUCCUCACAAACCGGCUUAACCAAUAGAACAUCUGCAGAAAAGUUUAAACUGCCACCAACAGACACAAUCGCCUGCUGGGAAUGGGAUUAUCGGCCAGGUAAUCCAGAAGAAACAAAGACACCUGAGGUUUGUCCCAGCAGUCUUUUGUGAGUGCUUCAGAGAGAGCUGCGCACAGUGGAAUAGCUGGGAGAAUGUUUCUCUGGGCUGGAAGCAAAGGAGCUCAAGGAAGUGAGAGAAGCAGGACCAUUUAUCAGAAGAUUCGUGAGUAUGAUAUUUUGGAGAAGAGGAGGACGGUCACGGCGCUGAAGGCUGGAGAGGACAGAGCCAUUCUCUUAGGCCUCAGCAUGAUCCUUUUCUCUGCCAUGAUGUACUUUGUGUUGGGCAUCACAAUGGUGCGCUCUUACUCAGACAGUGUUUGGACAGAGGAGUCAAACUGCACAGUGCUGAACUCUGGUAUAGUUGCUGAGAUUAACUGCAGCUACAGUUGUGGCUCAGAGUGCCGGAAGAGCUCCAGGUAUCCCUGUCUUCAGGUUUACGUCAGUCUGAACUCCACCGGGAAAGUUCUGCGACUGUCAUACAACGAGGAGGCCCAUGAGGCCAACCCUGAGUGUUUUUACAUCCCGAAGUGCCGCAAGGAUCAUACGCUGAUGCACACUAUCGUGAUGAACAUCUCCGAGCGAUUGAAGACGCACCAACAGGUUUUGUGUUACUACGACCCCUCAGAGCAGCAGGACAGCGUCCUCCUGACACGUCUCUAUGGCCGCGGGGCUAUCAUUAGCUCCCUCCUCUGGCCCACGUGCACGCUGGUGGGGGGCACGCUCAUCAUCGCAAUGGUCAAGCUCACUCAGUACUUGUCCUUCCUGUGCGAGCAGAUAAGCCGCAUUAAAAGGAUGGGGCUCUACCCCUUAACGGGAGCUUCUCGCACCAAGGUCUGCACUCGGAAGUUUAAUGGUGGCAUCCAGCAAAGGGUUUGAAUGUGAAUGGAGAAGGCCAUGUGUGAAUUGGUCAACGGACCUGUUUUCUACCCUUCUGUAUACAGCAACAAAGUGUUUUUGCUCUCAUGUGGUGUUCCUCUGAUGCUCCAUCAGCCUUGUUAACCUGUCCGGGUUGUGUUGACAAGGCCGAAGUAAUGUUGUUAUUGAGAACUUCCUGUAACAUUGAGAUCAGGCUCAAUAGAGUCCCUAGUGGUCGAAGUCGGAACUUCCUACAAUCAGAUUGGGACAAGUCUAAUCCUGAAGCUCAAGGGUCAAAAUACACAGUCAUGUUGUGGGGUCUCGAUUACACUUCCUGACCACUGGAUCGCAGAGACUCCAUUCCAAGAAGCUACUGUGUAGUGAUAUGUCUUGACCAUCUGACACCAAUGUAAUUACAGAAAUUAGAAGUAGUAGGUAAGCACACACUACUUUCUUCAGCAGUGACUGCUGUCAUUCGUGACUCUUUGACAAACACUUGUCGAGCGACUCAAAGCCAAAGGUCAUUUGUUGAUUGUUACUACACUGUAUCUCAUAAAGGGAUAGUUCACCCAAAAAUGAAAAUUCUGUCAUCAUUUACUCACCUUCACGUUAAACCCGUAUGAAUUUCUUUCUUCUUUGGAACACAAAAGAUAUUUUGAUGAACGUUGGGGUCCAAAAAACACUGGACCCCACUGUCUUUCAUUGUACACACAAAAAACAGAUAUUUUUCAAAAUAUUCUCUUUUGUGCUGCACAGAAGAAGGUACUUGUACUAUUCUGAAUGAUGUCUGAAACUUUGAAUUACUAGCACUUUUCAUGUUUAUUGCCUCUUUAAUAGAUGAAUCCCUUGUUGUAUUUCUCAUUUUUAUAUCACUUUGGAUAAAAGCAUCUGCUAAAUGAAUAAAUGUCAAGAAAGUCAUGCAGGUUUGGAAUGACAUGAAGGUGAGCAAAUGAUGAUAAAACUUUCAUUUUGGGUGAACUAUCCCUUUAACUGUUGAGUUUUUUUUUCAGAUGAAAUCCAGUCUAGUCCUAGUAGUACACCAUUUUAGCAGACCCAAAAGCUGUGUAACAAAAUCUAGUGUGCUGUCUAGCUAGUCAGCAUUUUAAGGCAUUAUAUACACAAAAUAAAGGCUGUUCUAAAAGGUAGGUGACAAAUGCCAAAUUCUAAUGGGUUGUUCACACAGGAAGUGUUCUAAACCAGCUAGACAAGAGAGUGGCAUUGAACAGAAUCCAACAUGUAUUUAAAACUUGAACUCUUAAGAAAAAACACAAUGUUCAUGGUGUGAGGAGCUGAAAAAACAUGACAACUAUUCAAGCCAUCCACCUCUUUACAUUCAUAUAGACAAAUAAUUAUCGAAAAUAAAUAAAUAAACACAUCCUGUGUGAAUGGCAUCAAAGACAGCAUUUCAGGAACAUAGAGUGUUUCUAUUCAAUCAAUAAUACUGUAACUUCAGUUAAGCUCUGCAUUCUGUAUUUGUGGUUACAUUAUUUGUUUGCUUUUCAGAGUGAGAUCAUUUUUUUUUUUGACCAUUAACCAGAAAUGUAUUGUCAGUUGCAGAUGUAUGGAUGUAAUUUCUCACUUGCACUGAAUGAUGGUGGACUGAAUGAUUUGUAGGGUUUUGCACAGAAAGAGAAACAACAGUGCCUCAUUUUUAGAGGUAAUCUACAGUGAAUUAAUAAAUUCAGUAGCAGCCCUCCAA